GAAAUAACAAUCGUCCGUCGAACGGGUCUGCUCACCAUAAAAGGUAUAUCGCUGUGGUAUGCAUGUUGCAUAUUUCCCAGAACUAUUAAUUUAGAGGAAUGGCGUCAGCUAAGAGAAAUACAGUCAGAGUUGGCAUUUUAACAGUAAGCGAUACAUGCUCAAGAAAGGAAGCUGUUGAUAAAAGUGGUCCAAAUUUAAAGAAGUUAGCUGAAGAUACUAGUGGACUUGAUGGUGUAGUUGUAGCUACAGGAAUAGUUCCAGAUGAAAUUUCAAGUAUCAAGGAGACUUUACUAGAAUGGAGUGAUGUGAAGGAGCUAGAUCUUAUCCUCACUACAGGCGGAACUGGCUUUGCUGAUAGAGAUGUCACACCAGAGGCCACCAAAUCCGUGUUGGAGAAAGAAGCACCUGGCCUGGCUAUGGUCAUGCUCAUGGGAUCUCUCAAGAUAACACCACUAGCUGUCUUAUCAAGGUCUGUUUGUGGAAUCAGGAAGAAGACGCUGAUUGUCAAUCUACCAGGCAGUCUUAAAGGUUCACAGGAGUGGUUUGGCUUUGCCCAGCCUUCUCUUAGCCAUGCUAUCCAGCUGUUGAAAGGAGAACGAGCCUGCGUCAAAGCUACUCACAAAGAACUGGCCGAUACAGGACCACAGACUAUCAACAUGGUUUCAAAUCUACCAACUGUCAGUCCACAUGGGCAUCACAACUGUCAGAAGAUCCGUCACCAUGACGUUGAGAAGGUCGCCAGGCGUCCAAGAGACUCAAUCUAUCCCGUCAUCCCUUUCAAAGAUGCCCUUAAGAUCGUCAUGGAUAACGCCCCAGUACUACCGUCAGAGGUUGUGGAUAUUAAGGAUGCAUUGGCUAGAGUUGUAGCUGAGGAGGUCAAAGCCCCAAUUUCACUGCCUCCAUUCAGGAACUCAAUCAAAGAUGGUUAUGCAGUACUAGCUUCUGAUGGUCCCGGGGUACGUCAGGUGAUGAACGAUGCCACCGCCGGGGAUGCACCUGACCUAGAGCUUCUCCCAGGCCAUGUGAUCAGGAUCACCACCGGUGCUCCAAUCCCUAAGGGUGCUGACGCCGUGGUGCAGGUGGAGGAUACCGAACUGGUAGAAGAAGCCGAUGAUGGAAAAAGAGAGGUAUCUGUUAGAAUUCUAUCAACACCUACAGCUGGCCAGGAUAUCAGACCUAUUGGAAGCGACCUGCAAGAAGGGACCAUGCUGGUGAUUCCUGGAACCAAGCUUUGUCCUCCGGAGCUUGGUCUCCUUGCCUCGGUGGGAAUCACGAAGGUCAAGUGUCACCGUCGACCCGUAGUAGGUGUCUGUUCAACAGGCAAUGAGUUGACAGAACCCUCUGAGAAGCUUCCUCCUGGUCACAUCUAUGAUAGUAAUAGGAUUACCAUGCUGGCUACACUCCUAGAGCUGAAUGUUCCUACAGUAGAUGUAGGCAUCGCACCCGAUACUGUCCAAGCAACCAAGGAGGUUCUCUUGAAGGCAGCUUCUCAAUCUGAUGUGAUCGUUACUACCGGUGGUGUAUCCAUGGGGGAGAAAGAUCUCCUCAAGUAUGUCCUCUCAGAAGAACUCAAGGCUACGCUUCACUUUGGACGUAUAUUCAUCAAGCCAGGGAAACCAACAACUUUCUGCACAUUUGAACACGAGGGUGCAAAGAAGCUCUUCUUCUCACUGCCAGGUAAUCCUGUAUCAGGCAUCGUGACAUUCAACCACUUUGUCUUACCCUGUCUGAGGAGGAUGAUGGGGCAUGCGGACCUUCAUCUCAAGAGAAUCAAAGUUCGGGUCCAGGAUGACCUCAAGCUUGACCCCCGACCCGAGUUCCAGAGGGCGCUGUUGGACUGGCAGUCCCCUGAGGAUGGCGUGCCUCUGGCUUCGACGACCGGCAACCAGAUCAGCAGCCGUCUGAUCAGCAUGCGGCAGGCCAACGCCCUGUUAGCGCUGCCUCCGAGGAGUGAUGAGCAGCCGACUAUCCCUAAGGGAUCUCUCGUUGAAGCUGUAGUGCUUAGACUAUGAGCAGUAGAUAAUUCAAGCACAUAGACCUGUAAGCCCUACAUCUGAUUCUUGCUAAAUGAUAAUUUUGAAUUAUUGAUUAAAAAUCAGGUUGAAAAUCGGAUUGAACAUCACUAUGCUUUCUCACACCUAUACUUGUUCCCCCCCCCCUCACCCUCGAAAAAAUCCAGUGUAUUGCCAAGUUCAAUAUUCUUGUCAAUGCAUUGCCUUAAGCGUUGGAUGUCAUCUCAUCAGAGAUGAACAGAAAAUAUGUGUUGUUUGUUAUAAUAUGUCUUGAAUGACUUUGGAAGUCUGCCAUAAUUUUAGAUUAAAAUUGAAUAAUUUAAGAAUAACUGACAGAAAAAGAAGUAAUUGAUUGAGAGUUUCAAAGUUCAGGCAAGUCAGGAGAUUGAUGGAAAGUCGUUGGAUUGAGCUUGGAAGUUGUAUCUUUAGUUAAGGAACUGGUUUAGAUUUAGAUAUUAAUUUCAGUUCAGUGUUAUCAAGAAUAUGUGUCACAUGUAACAGUAUUAUGCAGGGAUGCCACUUGGUGUCCUCCAAAAAUACUGAAAAUUAUCGUGGGCCGGGACAGUGUCCAAGAAAGAAAAAAAUUUAGGGGGGUCCACCUUAAAUUUUGGGAUGGACACAGGUAAAAAAUUGGAAAAAAAAUUAGGAGGGGGGGGGGAGGACCAAGUGGCUUAAUUGUUACCUUGUUGUGAUCGAUGACUUUGAAGUCAAUUAGGUUUGAAAAACUGACGGUAGUUAGUUAUUGUGUAUUUCUCAUAGAAUGCUAGACCAAAAGCUUCAGUCUCUGUAUUUUGGUUGUUCAGCUGAACCGCGUUGGCUCCACUCACCAGUACAUCGACUGAAGAGUUGUUGGCCCGUACUUAAAGACAACGUAUCAGCUAACCCAGGGAGCUCCGGCCCGCUUUCCGGGCCAGAGCUCCCUGCCUGGGUUCCGUAUCAGCAUGCAGCAGUAGCGUUAGAUCUAACAUUCGGCAGAAACCCGAUUUUCGGAUCGUUUUUGGUACAUAAAAUGUCACAUUAUAAAAAAUAUAAUUACAUCCAAACUUACGAGAAAAUAUAUGAAAUUCAGAAACAACGUACCUUAGACCGCAGUUACCGCUAAUUCCUUCCAAAUGAUGAUCAAAACUUAGUCAUCCUCGAUUCCUUCGUUGGUCAUCGUAAGUUGGAUGACGUCAUCAUCUUUACAUACGUAUUUACCAGUCGCUAUUAUACCGCGAUUCGUGCCGCUGCUUUGCGCUUGUGUAUGUGCGUGCGUUCGGAACUUGUCGCUUGCAUUGAUUGGCCAGGAUUUAUUCUAAUCGGAAAGCCUCGAUAAAAGCAUAACUCAAUGAACGUAGUGGGUAGUGCGCGCGUUUAUAAUAAUAGCAAAUAUCUCGGGGAAAUAUCUCUCACUCGGUCGAUCGACAUGCAUGAGAGAGAGGGAGAAAAAGGAGGACUUUCCGGUUUUUUAAUACACAGAAAACAGGAAAAGUCGGAAAUACGGAAAUAAGACAGAUAUAGCAGGGAAAAAGCCGGAAUUACGUAUAAAGACGAAAAAGUGGCAUCCCUGAUUAUGACACCAUUUGUUACUAAUUUAGAAAUAUUUCUCAUGCAUUUGUGGGCUUCUAAGUGAGAAAAAUCAAAAUUCUGUGCAAUAUGUAUUUGAAAUAGACAUAUUGAUCAUUUGAGUUUAUUCCCAAGAAAUAGGUAAAUAUGCAGGUAGAUUGGAUAGACAGUUCCUGGUAAUGUAGAGUUUAUUCAUUAGCCAUACAUGAUUAUUUCAAAAUCUUUAUGGAAUUCCUGUUUACGAAUGAAAGCUUUUGGAUGAAAUGUAGGUCAACCAUAAUUUGUCAGUUUUUCUUGGAUAUCAAAAAUAUCAUUUGUUGUUUUUCAGUAUGGCUGGGAACAUGGUCAUUUUAUCGUCUAUAUGAUUGGCAUUUCAAUAUCUGAUAUGUGUAAUGCAGUGUGUUAUUGUACAGUUAAAAAAAAAUCAAUGUAGAGGCACUGUGGACCAGUUGAUAAGUCUCCGGACUAUGAACCGUAAGGUCCGGGGUUCAAAUCUUACAGCAGCACUCUCGUCCUUUGGCAAGGCAUUUAUCUAAAUUUGCCACUCUCCACCCAGGUGUAGAAAAUGGGUACCCGGUAGGAAGGAAUUCCUUGAAUGCCUGAGCACCGAGGCAGCCCAGCUAAAGCUGGGGUAAUAAUAACAUCAUCAUGUUAAGCAGGGACCACCUAGAGGACAAAACUGAAGUGGCUACCCUGGGUAAAUAUUGUUAUUUUUAUCAUAUUGCUGUAUAGGCUUACAAGGAAAUCUGUGUUUCCCCUUAAAUAGAUUCAUAUUACUGAGAAAACUAUUUUUAUACAACAGAAAUGUUCAGAUCAUAGCAGUACUCUGUGGAGUGGAUAAUCAUUAAAAUGAUUUAUUCUUUCCAAAUUGUUAUUAAGAUAGUACUGAAAAUUCUUGUCCUUGAAAAAUUCAUAAUUAAGGAAAUGAAUAAUCAUCUUUGAGCACCUUUUCUUACUAUAUAGAAUGUUUGUUCAAUUAUUAUUCAUGGUUUAUUUCAAUUGUAUCUCGCAGCCACUGGCUGAAUUGUACAUAAUUUACAUUUUUUUUAAGAUACAAGUAUGGUCAUGAAACAUCAAAAUCCACAACAAAAUGUAUCAUGAAUAACAAACAUAAAAGUAAUAAGAAAUAAAUAGAUAAAAAUCCAUGGAGAGAAACUACCAUAUUGAUUAUGAGCUAAGAUUGUGAACAAAUUAAGAAUUGAAAUUAUAGUCAAUUCCUUAAUAUAACCUGUAAAAGUUCUAGAAUGGAUUUAAGAAUACAGUAGCAUAUUUGCUAGAUGUCAAAUAAUUCAGUUGUUUUAUAAGUAAAUAAAAAUUGUAAUUUAAAGAUCAAAAUAUAGUUAUCAUUUUUCUUCCAUAUUCUUUGUCCAUUUACAAUGUAAAUAGAUCAGAUUUCUUUGUUAUGUGGAAUUAUUUUUGUUUACUCAAGAGGCAACAAAGUUGUUCAUUGAUUAACUUGCGGAUGUCAUGAGUUUUCAAAAGUUUUGUAAGUUGAAGUGCCUUGCUAGGAUGACUGAGAAAUGGAUAUACAUUUGAUAAAUUAGCAUGAUUUUUCAGAUGUUUCAACCUCUACGUAUCAUUGGACUUAUCCAUAUUAUGUUGCCAAUUUAUGUUCAUUUUUAAAAAGUUUUUCUAUAAUAGGAGUCUAGCACUGGUGAAUAUAGAACACAGGGGGAGGGGGCAUGAAAUAAUUGAAUUGAAUUGAAAACUUAAACCUGUUUCUUAAAACUUCUGAAUAGAGUCAUGUUGAGUUUAAAUAUUGUGGCCCGUAUUCUGAUAGCAGGUUUAACUUAAACCCAUGUUUAAAGUUGUGGUUUAAGUAUGGACAGCAAAUUGUUACAUAAAUCACUAACAGUAUAGAUAUCAUACUUCAGCUCAUUUGGCUCUCAAAUCAUUCAUAAUUGUCUAGGAAGUAUAAAUAGAUGAUUGUCUUCACCAUCGAUGAAUCAGGAAAGAGCAAAGUAAACAUAAGAAACAUACAAAUUUUGAUACUUUUGGCUUCCCAUACUUAAACCACAACUUUAAACCUGAGUUUAAGUUAAACCUGCUAUCAGAAUACGGGCCUGUAUCUUUAAUUUCAGUUGUUUGAUUUUGGACUCUUGUGUUCUAGAACUGCUUAUUCCUUUGAUAUACCUCCGUGUUAUGAAUUAUAAUAUUUUGUCUUAUUCUUUGACUCUUACCCCAAACUGCUACUGUAUAGUUAUCACAAUGCCCCUUUCACUGCCAUUUUGAUACCCGCAUGGGCUAACUACAGGGAGGAGGGGUGGGGCGAGGGGCAUUAAUCAAUUUGUGAUUAUCAUAAUAUUUUGAACCUCAAAAAAUAUGAAUAUGAUCGUUUUUGUUACACUUUUUUCAACACUCUGGCCCAUAUUGUGAAGUCUGGUUUAACAUCUAACUCUGUGUUAAAAUUAUGGGAAGCCAUAAAUUUCAAAAAUGCAUUUACAUUAUUAUGUUUCCUAUGAGUACUUUGAUCUUUCAUCAUGUUUUAAUGAUAAAAGAAAUAUUUCAAUUAUUAUUCCCAGUCGGUUAUGAAUCAUUAGAAUAUCAAAUGAGCUGACAAUUGAACUUGUACUGUCAGAGAUAUACCUGCCACAAUUGGCUAUCCAUAGUCAAACCACAACUUUAGACCAGUGUGUUACUUAAACCUGAGUUCAGAAUUUGGGCCGGAGUGUGUAAGUAUUAUGCUCCAAAAUGAAUACCACAGAAAUUGAAACAAUGUUACCAAUUUGUAGGAGACGUUAACAAAAUAUCUCAUGCAAUAUAUUUAGCAUGUGUGUGUGCAUGAGUGAUAUUGUGUGUGGUAUACCGGUAAUUUUUAUACCAUAGCCUCAUUUCAUAGUAUUAUAAAGUGUAUUUUAUAAAAUAGGAUUACAGUGUUAUGCGAUGUAGCCACAUAUAUGCCCAUAUCUUAUAGAUAUAUGAAAAGAAGACUUGUCUAGUUUGAAAAUAUUUUGAUAUAAUUAUAGAUGAAGAUUGAUAGUUUAGAUUUUGAACAUUUCUAUAAUUGUUUUUAUCAUGAGUAUAUGAAGAUUCCAGCUACAUGUGAAUGUAAAUGAUAUCAGCAUGCAAUCAUAUAUGAAUUUUAUUUUGAUGAAAAAUGUAUUCAGUUUCUACCAUUUGCUUUUGAAAAUACAGGAUUUUUCUGGUUUCUGCAUUUUCAGUUGCAGAAAAACGAAUAAAUUUCGAAAAUUA